AGGGUGCCUGGGGUGGGGGGCAGCCUCAGCACCACGUCGCCUUCUCCUUUCACCAGAGCCAGAAGAGCAUAGCCAAAGGUGGAGUGUGAAUUUCGUGGCCAGGGUUCUUGUUCCAUGAUCAUGAUGGACUAUAGUCACAAAAAUCUGCCUCUCCCACUUCAAGAGACCUUGUGGAGAUAGAGAAUUCCUAAUGAAAUGAGCCAGUAGGAGACAGGAGGGCUGAUUCCAAUACUGAGGCUGCACAGAGAACCUAAGAGCUUGAGGGCUGAGUGGCUUUGGGGCAUCUCCGGGGCCAGGGAUCAGAUCCUCAUGUUACCUUAGAGCAAGUUCUUUUCUCGUUAGAGGAGGUGAGCCUUCGGCUUUUACUCUCUCCGGGCCAUGGUUUUUACUAGUUCUUGAAGACCAAUGGCAUCUACCAGUCAUUAGCUAACCUAGGCCAAGAUCAGGCAAUUUCCCCAAAGAGAACAUGAGAGCCAGCAAAGCCAGAGUGAAUGGGCCAAUUCGAGGUAGUUGAGGCUUGACCCUGGGGGGAAAAAGGCCCUUCUAGGCCAGCAGUUAACCAAGGGGGAUUUACUCAGCUCUCCCCAGCCUUCUUCCUGACCCCUCCUCAGGGCUGCUCUGAGCAGUCAAGUGAUGGGAGGAAAGGAUGUCACCAGGCUAGAGGAAAGGCCCGAUGUCUUCUUAGGAACAACCUACUCAGCCUGCAUGGGAGAAGGGACUGAGAUGUUGCUCCUGCCACCCUCCACCUCUAAUAGAGGAGUGGGAAACUCCAUGAUAACAUCUGGUUUGUCUCAGCUCUUUACUGAUUAUGUUCCAUGUUCCCUGAUGACGGUCCGAAUCCGAUUUGGAUGCCUGGCCUUUAGAGGCCCGCCUCAAAGGAGGAAAUGGACUAGGAUGGAGUUUGCCUCUCAGUGUACACAAGGUGACCCUGAGCAGGGGCAGCACCAGGAACAAUGAGGACAUUCCUGCCUGUUCCCUGAGGGUGAGGAGGUUCCUGACAGAGGUAUGGAAACUUUCAGUAGAGGCUGCCUCUGUGACUCCAGGUGUUAAGGGGUAGUCAGCAGCCCGCCCACCUUUGGCCAGUCCACUUGCUAGGGCUCCCUCCUAGGAGCUGCCAUGUCUAUUAACUACUCCUCAGCCAGCACUCUUGGGGCCCAGAUGCCAGGGCAGAACAGCUGAACUCUGUGGGCCGGAAUAUUGAUGCAGACCUGAGCCCUAUUGUGCUGCUGCCAUUUGUGAGGAGCAGGAAUGCUUUGGGGUGUGCGUCCACCUCCCUAUACUGGGGCUGGUACACAAAGUGCAACUAUUUGUAUUUCUCUAUAAUAUGUACAUGUGUGAAAAACCCAAACCAACCAUGGUGUCCCAAAACUCUUAGUGCACUUUAGAUCUCUGUGGGUGGAUGAGGAGAGAUUGAGUUAGUGAGUGCUUCCCAUGUGCUGGGGAUGGAGGGGCAUCACUAAUGGGAGCGUGGCUAGAGACCCACAGAAAAUGAGGCUCAGCCUCAGCCAUCAAGAGCAGGACCUAGGACAGGGACAUCUCAAGUCUAGAGAGGGCCUUUAGAAAAGAAGGUGAGGAAUGAACAUUCACAGCAGGGUGGACCAUUAAGAAAAACAGGGUGGAGACCAUGCAUGACCAGGGCAAGGGACUGACCAGAGACAGUAGAUCUCUAUGCUGUAGAAACUCGGGCUGAUUGGCCUAGAAAGACACCGAGCAUCUACAAGGUGGAAGAGGCCUCAGGAAAUCAUGCAAAAAAUGGGCUAGAAAUGGUGGAGACGGCCAAGUUGGGCUUGGGCUUGGGAACAGAAUUUAGGCGGUGUGAGAGGGUCAGUCCCUUGAGCAAUUCACCUGGAAAUGCUGGCAGCCAGCCUCCAGAGCAUCGAGAUCACUCAAAGGAGGUCAGUAGCAGCUAAGAAGAGGAAAGUAGUAUGGAUGGAUCACAUGCGACCUUGAUCAUCAGACUGGCCUUUUCUUAAAGCAAAGUCCCAAAGUAAGCCUAAUUUGAGGGAGGUGAAAGCCAGGAGAGCCCAAAGUCCAAAGAGAUGACAAUUCCAAAAGAACUCAAAGCACAUUCUUCUGUCUUCCCUUCUCAGUUCCUCCGCCCUAUCUUCAGGCAGGCAAGCAAGCAGGGCCUCCAUCUCCAUCUGUGGGGGGAUGGGCUUUGGGCCUGGGCCCUGGGAUUACACUUUUGUUGGUUGCCCAACAGAUCUGUGACACCAAAAAAGGUUAAGAAUUCUGGCAAAAACAUACAUACAGUAGGCACAGUGAUCAUGUUUGCCUUUCUGUUCAAUGGUUUCAGUUGAGGUCUAUGCCAUUCGUGAGAUGGGCCAGCGGGCAAUUCCUGGGGGGCUAGAAUCGGCCCCAAUCGGGGCAUGCGGACAUCCUUUUCAUCUACAUUCUGGCCAUUUUCUUCAUCACUUAAGUCUACACAAUCAAGGAAGCCAUCAGACCCUGCUUUGUAGCAUUGACUCAUUGCUGAGAAGUGAGUAAUUGUGCCAAAAAUUUAACCAUGGGGGAGUCAGUUAGAACUGGCUCCAGUAUAAUCUCAGCCUUCUCCCAGUUUCUAUAUGGAGAGACACCCAUGUGUCCAGGGCAAAAUGAGAGGCAUCACUUGAAUAACUGAUCUGGGCCCCAGGACCAGGAAAUGGAGUCCCUGGGCUACCCUGAAGAAGGUGAUGAUGGUUAGGCCAGGAGAGAGGAGAGCUGGGAAAAGGGAAAGGAGCAAAAGAGCCCUCAAGCACUUUGCUGGCCUGAGCCCUGUGUGCUUCCAGAGAGAAGCAGGCCUAGUAUGCUUUUUGCAGGGGAUCUUGAUUUUUUUUUCCCUAUUAAAAUUUAUUUUCAAACAAAUAGUAACCUCUCCCUCCCAGUUUCUUCUCCCCACCCCGCAAUGAGAAAGCAAGAUAAGACAACUCUGCAUUCCAAGCACAGAGUGAAUCAAAAUGACAUUUCUCAGCAGCUAGGUCUAAAAGCAACAUGUGUCAGUUCAUGUGCAGAAUCAUUGAGCUCUGGCCAGAGGUGGGCAGCAGGGGUCACUGUGAGUCCUCUGGAACCCUGGUUGGCCAUUCUGUUCAUCACAGUCCCCAAGUUUUUCAAAAAUUUGAAUUGGCUGCCUUCUUGCCCUGACUCCAAUUCCACCCCCACCACCAUUGAGAGUGGCAGAGCCAUCCCUGCCCACCACCCGAAAGGCUCAUCAUGGCAAACUUCUUUUGGCACUUGCCCUUUCUUCCCGCCUGCUUCCCGACCGUAGCUUUGAUGUCAGGGCUGGGCUCUGUCACACUUGCGGAGGGAAGGGCUGGGCCUGGCCUGCUGGGGCUUCUCCUGGUGUUGUGUUGUUCCAGCGGCUCAGGCCAGGGCCCCAGGAGUUUUCAGGACUCCCAGAGAGGUCCGAUCCAGAACAAAGUCUGGUUGAUGCCCUCCUGAGCACUGCAAGUUCCUGACUUGGGUUUGAGACUGAGCACCAGUAGAUGCUUCUGGCCUCAGUUCCUCUCAUCUAGCUCUGCUGGCUCAGCUCAGCUGAAGUAAGUUCCCCUUUGAUAUAAGGUACCUGUCCUAGUUAUUCCUCUGAGGUUGGGCUAGAUGCUAGAAGUGAGAGCCAGCUCACACCCCAACUUAGGGUCUAGGCCAUAGCACUGCUGCUAAUUCUGACUUGGAAACUUCCUCUUUUUUCAUUCCACAGCCUGGGGCCUCCCUGACCAGGAAGGCCACUUCCCUGCAUUUGUCCUUUUCUCAGUUUGUCCUGGUUCUGUGACUUUGGAACUGAACAGUAGAUAACAAAGCUGCCAGUUGGCAGCUGUCCUCUUCCCAGUGCUCUAGGAUGGUUCUGGACCUCUUGCAGGCCAUCCCUGGCCUGUCCUCUGUCUGCAGGCCUGGGCCAAGCAGAGUGCUUGUUUUGAUAUUUUCUGAACUUCCCCAUCAAGAUUCAUUCUGGUGCAUUUUCUAGAUCUUUCUGCUUCCUUUUGCACAGAUCUUGGCUCCUGCCCUCCUUAACCAUCUUUUUGUUCCACCCAGGAGACUUCCCACUUUUGUCAGGGAAGAAAAGCCCCAAGUCCCCAAAUGACUCUUUGGAAACAAGCCCCAAACCAUGAAUUUCCUUGCAGCUGGCCUUGCUCACAACCUCAGGACCUUUGGCCGGUUCCUUUCUUAUCUGCCCCUGGUCAGGGCCUGAGCUUUCAUUUGUUGGCAGGACAUCCGCAGAGAAGAAGCAUUUGGACCUUAAAGAUGCAGUAGCUGGAAAUACAUCUAGAAUCUGUUUCUCGUUAGGCACUGCCAUGACUGAUAGGAGAACACUUAAGGAACACAGUCACUGUCUCCCUCCUCCUUGCUAAGGCAAAGCCUUCCACAUGAAUCAGGGAUCUUCCCUUCAAGGAAAUGGAGCCUGCUCUCUGUCUAUUGGCUCUGGGUGCACCCCCACUUCUGAUGCUCCUCCCUUUUGUGGCCCCCUCUCUUCAGAAAUGUGCAGCCUGGCUCCUUACCAGGAACGAUGAGUUCCCCAAGAAGUGCUCCCUUGGGGCCUGUUCAGAAACCUUUCUCUUUCCUGAUCUCCCUGUCCUCCCGGCUGCCCUCUUUGCUCUUUCUCCCUCCCCCUUGGGGUCUUUUUUGUUGGUUCUCCUGCCAAGCCUGCCAGUGGCCUCUGGGUCUCACUUGGUGAUUUCAUCAGCUCACUGCCUUUAGACAUCCCAAACUGGCUGUAGGCACCAAGGUAGACUUGGUCUCUUCCCCCUCGAAGCCCUCCCCUCUUCUUUUCAGGAACCCAAGCUCCCUGUUGGGAGAUUCCACGUGGCAGGAGGGAGGCCCAGGCUCUCCCUGACAAGGCCGGGCUCCAAAUCCGGCCAAUCACAAGGUAGGAUCGCCAGAACUCUCACGCCAUUGGGCUAAGCGGGCGAACGAGCUCCCGACGAUCCAGACGCCGGCGGAGAGUGGUCUCCGGGGUCACUGAUUCCUUGGCGGAGGCCGGGCAGGGAGGCUGCAGAGCCAUCGGGUCCUGCCCAGCGGGCCAGCUCCAAGGCUGUACGGACCAUGUGACGUGGAGCAGGCCCCGCCCCCUUCCCGGGUCACCUGACCGACCUGCCAGGGAAGCGGGAAGGCUCGGCGCUGGUACGCCUGCGCGGAGCCGUUGCUAAGGAAGCUGCGUGCGGGACACCGGGCUGCUGGGAGGAGCUUAGAGCCACACCAUGGACCAGUACAGCAUCCUGGGCCGAAUAGGCGAAGGGGCCCAUGGCAUCGUCUUCAAGGCCAAGCACGUGGAGACGGGGGAGACCGUGGCUCUAAAGAAGGUUGCCUUGCGGAGGCUGGAGGAUGGGAUCCCCAACCAGGCCCUGCGGGAGAUCAAGGCUCUCCAGGAGAUUGAGGACAACCAGUAUGUGGUGAAGUUGAAGGCUGUGUUCCCGCAUGGAGCAGGCUUCGUCCUGGCUUUUGAAUUUAUGCUCUCUGACCUGUCAGAGGUCAUCCGGCAUGGGAAGCGGCCUCUGGCCCCAGCUCAGGUCAAGGCCUACAUGCAAAUGCUACUCAAGGGGGUAGCCUUCUGCCACGCCAACAACAUUGUACACCGGGACCUGAAGCCAGCCAACCUGCUUAUCAGCUCCUCGGGCCAGUUGAAGAUAGCCGACUUCGGCCUGGCCCGUGUCUUCUCCCAUGAGGGGGACCGACUUUAUAGCCACCAGGUGGCCACUAGGUGGUAUCGGGCUCCGGAGCUCCUGUAUGGUGCCAGGCAGUAUGGCGAGGGUGUGGACCUGUGGGCUGUGGGCUGCAUCCUUGGGGAGCUCCUGAAUGGCUCCCCUCUCUUCCCUGGUGAGAAUGACAUUGAACAGCUCUGCUGUGUUCUCCGGGUCCUCGGGACACCUAGCCCCAAGGUGUGGCCGGAGAUCACUGAGCUCCCAGAUUACAACAAGAUCUCCUUCAAAGAGCAGCUGCCCCUGCCCCUGGAUGAUGUGUUGCCCGAUGCCUCUCCCCCAGCCCUGCAUCUCCUUGGCCGCUUUCUUGUCUAUCCCCCUCGCCAGCGGAUCCAGGCUGAUCAGGCCCUGCUACAUGAGUACUUCUUCAGAGCCCCGCUGCCAGCCCACCCCUCAGAGCUGCCCAUUCCACAGCGUGGGGGAGGGCCCGGCCCCAAGGCCCGACCAGGCCCCCCUCAUGUCCACGACUUCAGGGUAGAGCAGCCCCUGGCUGAGUCGUUGCCAGAUCCGGAGCUGAUUCGGCCCUACCUCCCCGAGGGAUGAGCCUCUC